GCUGCUCCGCGCUCCCUGCCUGCCUGCCCGCGCUCUCUGGCAGGCGCCGAGCACAGCCUUGCUACGGAGGAGGUCGAAGCUUCGGGCUCCUCGGGCUCCUGGGUUCUCCAUCGCCUCCCUCCGUGCGCGAUCGGCGGCUCUGGAGCGGCGGUAACAUGCAUGUGUCACUGGCAGAGGCUCUGGAGGUUCGGGGGGGACCACUGCAAGAAGAGGAAAUAUGGGCUAUUUUGAAUCAAAGUGCAGAGAGCCUUCAAGAACUAUUCAGAAAAGCUGAUCCUACUACUCUGGGAUUCAUCAUUUCUCCAUGGUCUCUCCUGCUGCUUCCAUCUGGCAGUGUAUCAUUUACUGAUGAAAAUGUCUCCCAACAAGAUCUGCGAGCAUUCACAGCACCGGAGGUUCUGCAGAACCAUUCGCUGUCAUCUCUGUCAGAUGUUGAGAAGGUGCAUAUUUAUUCUCUUGGUAUGGCGCUCUUCUGGGGAGCUGAUCACGAAGUUCCUCAAAGUCAGCCUAUCAAACUCGGAGACCAUCUCAAUAGCAUCCUCCUCGGCAUGUGUGAAGAUGUCAUUUAUGCCCGUGUAUCUGUACGGACUGUUCUGGAUGCCUGCAGUGCCCACAUAAGGAAUAGUAACUGUGCCCCUUCUUUUUCAUACGUGAAACAGUUGGUCAGACUGGUUCUGGGAAGCCUCUCUGGGAUGGAGCAACUGUCUUCCAAUGGAGAUAGAAAAUUGCAGCCAGACAGGAGCCAGGCUAUUCGGGAGAGGCUGAGGGGAAAAGGGCUUCCUACUGGGAAAACAUUGACGACUGAUGCACCUGAUGAACACAGAGGUCUCUUCUCUCAACAGACCACACUUAACAAAGGACUUAGCAAGUCUAUGGGAUUUCUGUCCAUUAGAGGAACACAAGAUGAAGACGACUUUUUCCAGGGCAUUUCUGUAGAUUACAGCUCAGGACAGGAAGAUGUUUUCUGUCCUCACAGAUGUAAAACCAGUGAGUUUGAGAAAAAAGGUCACCUUCAUACAGAUGUCCCUCCCAAAAGGAAAAUAUGGGCUUCUUCCACAGAUUUGCUUUGCACUACUGACAAGGCAGCUGGGAGGAACCAUGCUGGAGGCUCUCACAGGCACAGCCAUCAGUGUGAAACAUUUACAGUACGGACUUCUACUGCUGCUAGAAACAAGGAAACAAGGUACUCUGAUGGGAGCAUAGCACUGGAUGUCUUUGGACCACAAAAACUGGACCAAACGCGCCAUGUGCCUGAGACAUCAGCUUCUGCAGCUAUAUCAAGUGCCUUUGACAGGAUAAGAGAGAGACAGAAGAAGUUGCAGCUUCUGAGGGAAGCUAUGAAUGUCGAAGAGCCUUUGAGAAGGUACAAAUCUUAUCACAGCGACGUUUAUAGUACUUCGAGUGAAAGUCCAUCAGUUAUUUCUUCAGAACCAGAUUUCAGGCAAGUGAGAAGAAAUGAAGGCUUCAAGAGAGAUGAUGCCAGUGGUGUGUUAUCAGGUGCUGAUGAAAUCUCCACAUCAAGUCAAGCUAAUUCUCAGAGAGCAAGGCAACAUGAAGCACCAUUCGAAGGCAAACUAAUAAGUCAAGAAGUGAUGUUGAAGCGUCAGGAAGAAGAAAUGAUGCAAUUGCAGGCUAGAAUGGCUCUCAGACAGUCCCGACCUAACCUCUACCCAGGAGAUACAAUUAGAUCCUCAGUGCUCGACAUCACCAGAGAUCCACUGAGGGAAAUAGCCCUGGAAACAGCCAUGACACAAAGAAAACUGAGGAAUUUCUUUGGCCCAGAGUUUGUGAAAAUGACAAUUGAGCCAUUCGUCUCCUUGGAUCUACCGAAGUCUAUCUUGACUAAGAAAGGAAAGAGUGAUGACACCAGGCGAAAAGUGAAUGUGAUGCUUCUAAGUGGGCAGAAGCUGGAGCUGACCUGUGAUACCAAAACAAUAUGUAAAGAUGUCUUUGAUAUGGUUGUUGCCCAUAUUGGCUUGGUGGAGCAUCAUUUCUUUGGAUUGGCUACUUUAAGAGACAACGAAUUUUUCUUCGUUGAUCCUGACAUAAAGCUAAGUAAAGUAGCUCCAGAAGGAUGGAAAGAAGAAGCAAAGAAAAAGAACAAGCCUCCUGUCAACUUCACUCUGUUUUUUCGCAUAAAGUUUUUUGUGGAUGAUGUCAGUCUGAUACAGCAUAGGCUGACCUGUCACCAGUAUUACCUACAGCUGCGGAAGGAUAUCCUAGAAGACAGGAUGCAUUGUGAUGAUGAGACAGCCUUGUUAUUAGCAUCCCUAGCUCUCCAAGCUGAGUAUGGAGAUUACCAGGCAGAGGUGCACGGCAUGUCGUAUUUCAGACUAGAACACUACGUCCCUGCGAGAGUGAUGGAGAAACUAGAUCUGUCCUACAUCAAGGAAGAGCUGCCAAAAUUGCAUAGCGCUUAUGUGGGUGCAUCUGAAAAAGAGACUGAGUUAGAAUUUCUGAAGUUGUGUCUGAGGCUCACAGAAUAUGGGGUUCACCUUCAUCAUGUGUUGCCUGAGAAGAGAUCCCAAACAGGUAUCCUUCUGGGAGUCUGCUGCAAAGGAGUUGUUAUUUUUGAAGUUCACAAUGGUGCCCGUACACCUGUACUGCGCUUCCCAUGGAGAGAGACAAAGAAAAUAUCCUUUAGUAAGAAGAAAAUAACUUUGCAGAACAUAUCAGAUGGUAUUAAGCAUGCCUUUCAGACUGACAAUAGUAAGACUUGCCAGUACCUUUUGCAUCUCUGCUCUUCCCAGCAUAAGUUCCAGCUACAAAUGAGAACAAGGCAGAGCAGCCAAGACACUCAGGACAUUGAAAGGGCUUCAUUUAGGAGCCUAAACCUUCACGCGGACUCUGUCAAAGGUUUCAACAUGGGACGAGCCAUCAGUACUGGCAGCCUGACCAGCAGCACUUUGAACCGCCUUGCUGUUCGACCCCUGUCUGUUCAAGCAGAGAUUCUGAAGAGACUGUCCUGCUCUGAGCUCUCACUCUUCCAGCCACUUUCUGGCUCUUCAAGGGACAAAAAUGAGAAGAGUCCAUGGGAGGAAAGACCCAGAGUUAUGAGCAAGUCAUUUCACGAUCUGAGUCAGAGUCACAUAUCUGUUUACCCCCCAAAGAAAAAUAUUAUUACUGCUUUGGACUCUUCCCCUAAAAAAAUAGAACAUAUAAUGGGAAGAGUCUUUCAGCAAAUGCCAAAAUUUGAUACUGGAUCAGCAGCAGGAGCACUAAAACCGAGCAAUUCAAAAUCUCAUGCAGGUUUAAGUAGAAGCCCUGAAAGAAAGAAAAAUGAAUCAGACUCAUCAUCCAUUGAAGAUACCGGUCAAGCCUAUGUUGUAGGUGUUAGCAUGAAUACUUCAGAAAGUCUUCUGUCAUCAGCAACACUAAAAGAGAGCGUUGACUCUCUGCAAACAACACAGAACAGAGUUGCCACACCAGAGAGAGAGAUCACUUUGGUGAACUUGAAAAAGGAUGAAAAAUUUGGCUUAGGCUUUCAGAUAGUCGGUGGAGAGAAGACAGGGAAACUUGAUCUGGGAAUUUUUAUUCAUUCAGUUAUUCCUGGAGGGCCAGCUGAUUUGGAAGGAUCUCUAAAACCAGGACACCGACUAAUAUCCAUAAACAGCACGAGUUUAGAAGGCGUCAGCCACCAUGCAGCACUGGAAAUUCUGGAGAAUGCACCUGAAGAUGUGACGCUUGUUAUCUCUCAGCCCAAGGACAAGCUAUCCAAAGCAUCAUCUAACACUGCUCAUAUCAGUAAUGGAACCAGGGGUUAUUUGAGGAGGCCAUCAUCGGUGCAGGACAAUGAGGCAGAGUCCUCUUCCGAAGAACACAACCAGUCCCGUGGUCACCAGAGGCCUGUUUCAGGAAGUUUGUCUGGCUUGUCAGGAGGCAAGCGAGAUGGAAGCAUGAGCUCCCAGGAUUCAAGAACAGAGAGUGCCAGCCUGUCUCAGAGCCAGCCAACCAGCUUCUUGGGCAAACAUGCAAGUGGCAGAGCCCAGCAGGAUCCUCAGUUUUACAGUGAUUUCCAUUCUGGAGUUUCUAAAAUGAAUGAGAAGAAAAGAUCCUCAUCAGACAGUACUCGAGCGAAAAAUAAAAGGCCUGGGGUAGUGGAGCCUGUGGAAUAUUCUGACCGAGGGGAUUCUGACAUGGAUGAAGCAACUUACUCUGGCAGUCAGGAGCAACAGCCAGCUAAAAAGGAAUCUUUCUCAUCAAACAAAGUGAAUUCUGAAAAGGUUACCGCAGCACUUCUUAAACCUGGAGAUAUCUUUGAGGUUGAACUAGCCAAAAAAGAUAACGGCUUGGGAAUAAGUGUCACGGGUGGUGUAAAUACUAGCAUAAGGCAUGGUGGUAUUUAUGUGAAAGCGAUUAUUCCCAAGGGAGCCGCUGAAGCAGAUGGCAGAAUAGAAAAAGGUGACCGCGUGCUCUCUGUGAAUGGCAUUAGUUUGGAAGGUGCUACCCAUAAGCAAGCUGUUGAAACUCUGAGAAACACUGGACAGGUGGUGCAUCUGCUGUUGGAAAAAGGUCAGCUUUCAGGGGCCAAGGCUCGUGCUCCAGUAACAACACAGUGCACACCUCCAAAUCAGUAUGAGCCACAGGAGAAGCCAGCAACAGAAUCUACAAAUGCCAAAGAUUACAGCUUCGUCACUGCAGAGAACACAUUUGAGGUGAAGCUGUUGAAGAAUAGCUCAGGCCUUGGGUUCAGUUUCUGCCGUGAAGAUAACAUUACUUCAGAGCAACUGGGGUCAACUAUUGUGAGGGUGAAAAAACUCUUCCCUGGGCAGCCUGCUGCAGAAAGUGGGCAAAUAGAGAUUGGGGAUGUCAUUCUGAAAGUGAAUGGAGCAUCGCUAAAGGGUUUAUCCCAGCAGGAAGUCAUCUCUGCUCUGAGGGGAACGUCUCCAGAAGUCUCUCUUCUCCUUUGUCGGCCACCAUCUGGAAUACUACCAGACAUUGAUCCUUCGUUGUUGACACCCAUCCAUUCACCCCAGCAAGUAUUUCCAGAGGUCAGCAGAGAAGGUCCAUCAAAUGGAGAACAAGGUGGCAGCUCAGAUGAAAAUGAAAGUACUGAUCUGAGCAAGAAAAGGCUAAAAUCUCCAUCUAAAAGAGACAGCUACAGUGACAGCAGCAGAAGUGGUGAUGAGGAGGUGAUAGACUCAGCAGCACAGGUGAACCUUGGCUGGAGUUCUGCACUGUACCAGCACUCAGGUGAAGCUGAGACACGGGCACAAAGCCAGUAUGAGGCACACGGUGGGCAGGAGGCUGUUCGUACCAUCCUGUAUCCUGAUCAAGAGGUCUCUAGCAAGGCGGAGCUUGAGGACAGUAAUAUGCCAUUGGAUUUGCCAGUGAUCCCAACCUGUAGAACUGUACCUGAUGUUACCACGUCCAUUUUAAUAAAUGACUCUUACGCUACUCCUGUCUCUGAGCUGACUCCACACCUGGGAGGAAUGGAUUCAUUACUCACCCAGCUGGAAAAAAAUGCUGAAGAAUACGAACCAGAGGUAGAGCUCCGAGUCACUAUGACAAAGUCAGAAAAGGGUAGUCUGGGUUUUACAGUGACCAAAGGUAAUGAUAAUGUUGGCUGCUACAUUCAUGACAUUGUUCAGGAUCCUGCCAAAAGUGAUGGGAGACUACGCCCUGGAGACCGACUGAUAAAAGUUAAUGACAUCGAUGUCACUAACAUGAGCCAUACUGAUGCAGUAAACUUUCUUCGUGCUGCCCCAAGGACUGUGAGAUUAGUACUAGGCCGUGUUUUGGAGUUACCAAAGAUGCCAGUGUUGCCUCAUUUACUGCCUGAUAUUACACUGGUUUGCCAUAAGGAGGAGCUAGGUUUAUUGUUAUCAGGAGGUCAUGACAGCCUUUAUCAAGUUGUGUAUAUUAGUGACAUUAUUCCCAAAUCGGUUGCUGCCAGAGAUGAGAGUCUCCAUGUACUAGAUAUUAUCCAUUACAUUAAUGGAGUAAGCACACAGGGAAUGACUCUGAAAGAAGCCAGAAGAAUGCUGGAAACAUACCUUCCAAAAGUGGUGCUCAAAGCAACCAGAGAUGGUCAUGCAGUGGUCCCAAAAUCCAAAAGCCCCAGUAACUCAAAUCCAUGGCCAGUGAAAGCUAAUGGCUGUUCCUGUGGUGAUCCCUGUGAUAAAACAGUAAAGACAAUUGAUGCUUACGGGCCCAAGAUAAAUGGCAGUGGCAUCCUAGGACCUUCUCAGGGAAAUACAGAAAACAAUAUUGAUCACGUGAAGGGACUAAUGAACCUCUCAGGAUCAGGAGGUGCACCUUCCCUAGGGCUUACCAAUCAGAUGUCAGAUUUUUCUAAACACAUGGACAAAUCAGGAACAGAGAUUCUAGAUGAUGAGUAUUAUGAUGAGGAUGAUCACAAUGAAGUUGUCCAAUAUCUGUUGGAUGUUGUAGAUGAGGAAGCCCAGAACCUCUUAAAUUGUAAUAAUGCAACUUCAGAGGCUCAGAGUCUUCUGCAUCUCAAGAAGGCUGCAUCAGAAGAUCAUCUGCCAGAGAUGAAUGGAAAGGUGACGGAAGAUAAGUCUGAAGACACAGACUGUGAUGGGUCAUCUUUACCUGAAGAUUUUUCAGAGCCCACUCAUGUAAAUGGUUGUGAAGACGAUUGUGAAGUAAAAGCUGUGCCAGAGAGUCUUGUUCUUCUGCUAGAUUUCCCUCUAGUGACAAACGAAGAGAUCUCUGCACUCCGAACUGUGAAUGUGCUACCUGGAGGCAAGUACUCAGGAGCCAAGUUGAAGUCAGUGAUCAGGAUGUUGCGUGGAUUGCUGGAACAGGGAGUCCCUUCUAAAGAGAUUGAAAACCUUCAGGAGUUAAAACCUCUGGAUCAGUGUUUGAUAGGACAAGCAAAGGAGAACAGGAAAAAGAACAGAUAUAAAAACAUACUUCCUUAUGACACCACUAGAGUACCUCUAGGGAUUGAAGGUGGAUACAUCAAUGCCAGCUUCAUUCGCAUGCCAGUGGGGAAUGAGGAGUUUGUUUACAUUGCAUGCCAAGGACCUCUUCCUACUACUGUAGCAGAUUUCUGGCAAAUGGUUUGGGAACAAAACUGUACUGUGAUUGCCAUGAUGACUCAGGAGGUUGAAGGAGAAAAGAUAAAAUGUCAGCGUUACUGGCCAGAUGUCCUCAAUAAAACCACCAUGAUAAAUGACAAACUUCGCCUUGCUCUUGUGAGACAUCAGCAGCUGAAGGGCUUUAUCAUUAGAGUGCUGCAGCUUGAAGAGAUUCAGACAGGUGAAGUACGGCACAUUUCCCACCUGAACUUCAUCGCCUGGCCUGACCAUGACACCCCUUCUCAGCCAGAUGACCUGCUUACUUUCAUCUCUUACAUGCGGCACAUCCACAAGUUUGGGCCCAUUGUAACUCACUGCAGUGCAGGCAUCGGGCGAUCGGGGACCCUUAUUUGUAUAGAUGUUGUUCUGGGGUUAAUCAGCAGAGACCUCGAUUUUGACAUCUCAGACCUGGUGCGCACAAUGCGUCUGCAGAGACACGGAAUGGUUCAGACAGAGGAUCAGUACAUUUUCUGCUAUCAAGUUAUCCUUUAUGUCCUGAAUCAUCUCCAACAUGAAGAACAACAGAGAGACAAAUAAAAUACUCAAGCAGAAGCGCUCAUAAAAUAAGGAAGCAAGGAGGUCGAGAAGCUCGCAAGUGUUUUAUUUGUUCUGCCAAUAGUUUUCUAGUCCCUUUCUUCAGUUACUGUCAAACGUCCUUUCUAUAAAGUCUCUCCAUUAUUCCAAUUAAGGUAUAUAGUUACAAGGGAAAGGGAUAGCUCAUACAAUACCACUAAUGUCUUCAGCUCCAUGGACACAUAUGUAAGAUUUUUGUAUAAGAAUAUUUAAUAAAGCUGCAUUUUUUUUACAGCUUCCUUAAUAUGUCAUAAAAUACUGAAAUAAAAAUGUUUUAAUUUAAAAAAAAGAAUUCAAGAAGAAGAAAAAAAGUAAUCUUAUAGUACUUCCUGCAGUUCUGCAACUGUUUUGGGGUAUUUUUUUCUUACGGCAUGGGGGAGUGGGAGGGAUGAAGGAGUAUUUUUAUCCUGGCAAACUUUAUUACAAAGACAUUUUACUAGUCUCUUUUGAAAGCUUGUAUAUGGCAUAGAUUUUUUGCCCUUUUAGUACUAUUAGAGGGUAUCUUGAAAUCAGCAUUUAAGCUUUAAGAGAUGCCUGUUAGCAUAAGGAUAAUAGUGAAUGUUAACUGUAUCACAGUUAAUAAUGUUUACUUCAUAGAAUUUCAUGUAUAUAUUUAUAUACUUUUACCAAAAAAAGGCUGAAUUAUUGGGUGUCUAACCUUAUAACUUGAUUACGCAUCUCCACUCUGUAAAUAAAUAAAAUACCUAAUGUACACU